AUGAAUAAAGAUGGAAAAAAUAACAUUUUUGUAGAUGAUAUAAUAAAAAAUGAUAUUGAGUUAAAGAAAGAAUACAUAAAUAAUGUAAUAAAUUAUAAGGAUAGGAUUCCUUUGGUAGAGUAUAAGAAGGAAGAAAAUAUAAUGGAUAUAUAUUCAAAAUAUCAUUUUAUAAAUAAUAUAUAUAUUAAUGUGACUAAGAGGGAUGAGGAAGAUAAAUUCGAUAUACAUUUUGUAAAUGAUAAUGAUGAUAAUGAAAUAGAUAAUAACGAUGAUUAUGUUAUAAACAAUGUUGUUGAAAAGAUGCAAAGAAAUACCUUUUUAGAUUUAAAUAAGAAAAGAAAUGUAAUAAUUUUAUUAAGCGGUUGUUCAGGUUGUGGAAAAAGUACCUUAAGUUGCUUACUAGCGAUGUUUUUGAAUAUAAGACGUAUUAUAUCAACAGAUAUUAUAAGAGAAGUAUUAAGAAAAUUUAAAAUAAAAAAAGAAAAGUAUCUUCGUUUCUCUACAUAUGAAUCAUGGAAACUACAUGAUAGUGAGGAUGAUAUGAACAUAAUACAAUUAUAUAAUGAGAAAUUAAAGAAAAACGGAUUUAUGAAUGAUUAUGAAAAUAAUAAUCAUGAUGAUAGUGAAAAAGAAGAAAUUGAGAAAAUAUUAACAAAAAGAUGUAUCGAAAAUUAUUUAAUACAAUGUGAUGUUUUAUAUCCAUAUAUAGAUGAAAUAAUAUAUGAAAAUAUUAAAAACAAACAAUCUCUUAUUAUAGAAGGUGUACAUUUAAGUACCCAUGUAAUGAAAAAAUUAAUAAAGAAAUAUCCAAAUAAAAUUAUUUAUUUCUUGGUUUAUAUAAAUGAUAAGGAAACUAGUAUUAAAAGAUUUGCUACACGAACAAAUAAUAAUAAAUUACCAAAUAAUAAUAAAAAUGAAAAAGUAAAUAAAUAUAUACAAAACUUUAAUUAUAUAAGUGGAAUUCAAUCUUAUUUAUUACAAUCAUCAAAAGAUUUAGAUAAUACAAUUAAUUAUAUUGAAAAUAUUGAUAUUUAUAGAUCCUUACAAAUGAUUAUGAAUUCUGUAUAUGCCCAGAAAUGA